CACGCAGCGCAGCUCAACAUUCCCGCUUCAGGCCGUGACAAUUCCCGCGCUGCUGAACAAUGAAGUUCUCCCACAUCCUCACCUCGACGGUGAGCCUGCUCAGUCUAGGCACAGCAGUCGACGGCCACUUCACACGCGCGCGCAACGACGCCGUGGGCCCCAAGCCUCCCUUCCGACCUCUCCCCCACAGCCACCCGAGGAAGAAAGUCUGCCAUGUUCGCAGCUACGGCGACAGCUCGCGCGACGACUCGAAGUUCAUCCUCUCGGCCUUGAACAAGUGUAACCGGGGCGGCAAGGUCGUCUUUGAUGCCGAUAAGGAGUAUACCAUUGGCACGGCGCUGGAUCUUACGUUUCUCAAGAAUGUUGAUUUGGAAAUCCUCGGCCGCAUAACCUUCACCCCAGACACAGACUACUGGCAAGCCAACUCGUUCAAGCACACAUUCCAAAACGCCACGACCUUCUUCAAUCUCGGCGGCGAAGACGUCAACGUCUACGGCGGGGGCACCCUCGACGGGAACGGGCAGGUGUGGUACGACCUGUACGCGGAGGACCCGCUCAUCCUUCGCCCGAUCCUGUUCGGGGUUAUUGGAUUGCAUGGCGGGACGAUUGGGCCCUUGAAGCUGCGGUACUCGCCGCAGUGGUACCAGCUCGUUGCGAACUCGUCAGAUGUCCUCUUUGACGGGAUUGAUAUCUCCGGGUAUAGCAGUAGUGAGAACGAGGCGAAGAAUACGGAUGGGUGGGAUACGUAUCGGUCGAGGAAUAUUGUUAUUCAGAACUCGGUUAUUAACAAUGGGGAUGACUGCGUCUCCUUCAAACCGAACAGCACCGACAUCCUCGUCCAGAACCUGCACUGCAACGGCUCCCACGGUAUCUCUGUCGGUUCGCUGGGCCAGUACGUCGGCGAAGUCGACAUCGUCAAGAACAUCCUUGUCUACAAUAUCUCCAUGUACAAUGCUUCUGACAUGGCCCGUAUCAAGGUCUGGCCCGGCGUCUCGUCCGCCAUGUCCGAGGACCUCCAGGGCGGCGGCGGCUCAGGCUCCGUCUCCAACAUCACGUACGACACCAUGUACGUCGAGAACGUCGACUGGGCGAUUGAAGUCACGCAGUGCUAUGGGCAGAAGAAUUUGACGCUGUGUAACGAGUAUCCGAGCAACCUCACAAUCUCCGACGUGCACUUCCGGAACCUCUUUGGGACGACCUCGGAUAAGCAUGAUCCGAAUGUUGGGACGAUUGUCUGCUCGAGUCCGGAUGUCUGCUCGGAUAUCUACGCCGAGAACAUCGAUGUGCUUAGUCCCAGUGGGACGAAUGAGUUUGUUUGUACGAAUGUUGAUGAAAGUUUGUUGCAGGUGAACUGUACGUCUGGGUAGUUGGAAAGUGGGAGCGAGAGUUGUUUUUUUGGUGUGGAGGAGGAGGAGGAGCUGGUGGUUAUAUAGGGCUAGGAUAGCGACAACUUGAACUAUAAUCCAAGAAGACGAUG